CGUGCGCUCCGCCGCCGGGACAGGACCGGACCCUGCGUGCCAGGGAGCAGCCACCGCCGCCAGGAAUCCGGGAGCGGGCUCGGGGCUGGGCAGUACCGGGACCCUGCCGGGCAUGGCUGUACCGGGGAGCUGAGAGCCACUGACCCGCAGGCUGGGAAGUUGAUACCGAAGGUCAGCAAGUGAAGAGAGGAAUUCCUGGGGCGGUUCCAGCCAGGACCAAAGUCUCAACAAGAUGGAGAAGGAAGAGGAGGAAACCCGAGAGAUCCUGCUCCCCAACUGGAAAGGAAGCGGCUCUCAUGGAAUCACCAUUGACCAGACGGAAGAUGGGGUCUUCGUGAAGCAGGUGGUGCAGACUUCCCCUGCUGCCAGAACUGUGAAGGAAGGGGAUCAGAUUGUGAGCGCCACCAUCUAUUUCGACAACCUGCAGUCCGGAGAGGUCACGCAGCUGCUGAACAGCAUGGGCCACCACACGGUGGGGCUGCGGCUGCAGCGAAAAGGGGACAAGUCUCCAUUGCCGGGACAGUCAUGGUCACACGAUGUGUUCUCACCCAGGAGCCCAGAAGUUGUUCUGAGUGGGGAUGAUGAAGAGUACAGGAGAAUAUACACAACGAAAAUUAAACCACGUCUGAAGUCGGAAGAUGCAGCAGAAGCUGAACACACAGAAAGCCGAACCAUUACCGUCACCAAAAAGGUCACAGCUUAUACCGUAGAUGUCACUGGACACGAAGGAGCAAGAGAGAUUGACAUCAGCAGCCCAGAAUUUAAAGUUAAGAUUCCAAGCCAUCAAGUCACCCAUAUAACAACAACAGAAAUUGAAAAAGAACCUGGGAAAACCGUGAUCAAAAUACCACAGGUGGAUUUGUCUGGGAAAACAGACUUCAGUAUGGGCAUCAGAGGUAGACCUAGUGGCAUCUCAUAUUCUGGACCAACAGUUGAAUCAUCCACCAAAAGGUUGGACUUUGGUGCCCCUGACGUGCACAUGAGAGAGCCCAAGGUGGGCACUGAGAUAAAUGUCUCAGGACCUCAAGUCACAGGCAUUCACCCGAGAACCCAGACAGACUUUAAGCCAGCAGAAAUUCAAGUUCCAGGUGUGGAUGUUGUCAAAUCGGUUAAUGUUUCUGGCACUAGAGUCACAAGCCCAGAGGGCAGCUUGCCCAGAAUCGAUGCAAAUGGACAGAGGGGAAACCUGGAUGCAAAUAUUCACAUUACCGGCCCUAAACUAAAUGGAAAAAUGGGUGUUUCAGGCAUAGAGGUUAAAACUGAAGUUCCAGGAGGCAAACAGCCGCAAUUUGAUAUUUCAGGCUCCAAGAUAAGAAGCGGUAUGGAAGGUCCCAAAGUUGAUGUAUCAUUUUCAAAAAUCAAGGGUCCUUCAGUUGAUAUUUCUGGCCCUAAGAUUCAAAGUGAUAUCAAAGCUCCAAGGGUGGACAUUCCUCUUUCGAGCAUUGAAUCUGAUAUGCAGGACAUUAAAGCUCCAGAAAUUAACAUUGAAAGCCCAGGAAAAAUAAAAAUGCCUGUUAUGAAAAUGCCUAAAUUUGGCUUCUCACCUUCAGCUUCUGAUACUGAUGUUCAAGCACCACAGGCAGGUGUAGACAUUUCUGUGCCCAAGAUACAGGCUCCUCACCUGGAUAUCACAGCUCCAUCUGUUCAUAUGGAAGGUCCAAAGGAAAAACUGAAAUUUACAGUGCCUUCAGUGGAAGGUGCUAAAGUUGCAAAGCCACAUGUGGAUGUGGCUCUCAAAGGACCUCAGUUGAAGGGAGUGGUGGAAGUGUCCUCUCCAACACUAGAAGGUCCCAAAGUUGGUGUCAAGGGUCCCAAGAUUGAUCUUGUGGCUCCUGAUGUUGAUAUUCAAAGUGGUGAAGGAAAAAUAAAAUUGCCCUCAAUGAAAUUUCCUAAAUUUACUGCAUCAGGUUUCAAAGGGGAAGGCCCUGGUGUGGGUGUGACGCUUCCUAAGGGGGAGAUUGCUAUUGCAGGCCCCAAGGUAGACAUCAGCACACCAGAUAUAGACACUGGAGGAGAAUGGAAAGUCCCCAAAUUUAGGAAGCCUGAAUUAAUUAGUCAGACACCAAAAAUCUCUAUGUCAGAUGUGGACCUGAGUCUGAAAGGCCCUAGCCUGAAGGGAGAUGUGGGUAUUUCAGGGCCAAGGCUCGAAGGGGAUCUGAAAGGAUCCACUGUGGACAUUAAAGGCCCCAAACUAGACAUUGAAGCACCUGGCAUUGACCUUGAGAGUCCUGAAGGUCAGUUGAAAGGGCCCAAGUUCUCAAUGCCUUCUUGGAAAAUGUCACCAUCAAAAGUAUCCAUGCCAGAUGUGGAUGUGAAUCUGAAAGGGCCUAAACUGAAGGGAGACAUGGAUGUUUCUGUCCCACAAAUAGGAGGUGACUUGAAGGGACCUCAGAUUGACAUAAAAGGCCCCAAGCUAGAUAUAGAUGCUCCUGACAUUGACAUCAAAGGGCCAGAAGGACACCUGAAAGGUCCCAAAUUUAAGAUGCCUGAAAUGCACAUCAAGACCCCUAAAAUCUCCAUGCCAGACAUCGACUUGAAUCUGAAGGGUCCUAGGCUGAAGGGAGAUGUGGAUGUUUCAGUGCCAAAGCUGGAAGGGGAGUUGAAAGCUCCUGGAAUUGACAUUAAAGGCCCCAAAGUGGACAUUGAUGCACCAGAUGUGGAUAUUCACGGCCCAGAUGGUAAACUGAAAAUGCCUAAACUGAAAAUGCCAAAAUUCAGCAUGCCUGGGCUGAAAGGUGAGGGACCAGACGUGGAUGUAACACUUCCGAAGGGGGAGGUGGAUAUUUCCGGUCCGAAGGUACAAAUUGGUGCUCCAGGUUUGGACGUUGAAGGACCCAAGGGAGAACUAAAAGGUCCCAAAUUUAAGAUGCCUGAAAUGCACAUCAAGACACCAAAAAUCUCCAUGCCAGAUGUCGACAUGAAUCUAAAAGCCCCCAAGCUGAAGGGAGAUGUUGGUAUUUCAGGGCCAAAGAUCGAAGGGGAUCUGAAAGGACCCACUGUGGACAUUAAAGGCCCCAAACUAGACAUUGAAGCUCCUGGCAUUGACCUUGAAAAUCCUGAAGGUCAGUUGAAAGGGCCCAAGUUCUCAAUGCCUUCUUGGAAAAUGUCACCAUCAAAAGUAUCCAUGCCAGAUGUGGAUGUGAAUCUGAAAGGGCCUAAACUGAAGGGAGACAUGGAUGUUUCUGUCCCACAAAUAGGAGGUGACUUGAAGGGACCUCAGAUUGACAUAAAAGGCCCCAAGCUAGAUAUAGAUGCUCCUGACAUUGACAUCAAAGGGCCAGAAGGACACCUGAAAGGUCCCAAAUUUAAGAUGCCUGAAAUGCACAUCAAGACCCCUAAAAUCUCCAUGCCAGACAUCGACUUGAAUCUGAAGGGUCCUAAGCUGAAAGGAGAUGUGGAUGUGUCAGUGCCAAAGCUGGAAGGGGAGUUGAAAGCUCCUGGAAUUGACAUUAAAGGCCCCAAAGUGGAUAUUGAUGCACCAGAUGUGGAUAUUCACGGCCCAGAUGGUAAACUGAAAAUGCCUAAACUGAAAAUGCCAAAAUUCAGCGUGCCUGGGCUGAAAGGGGAGGGACCAGACGUGGAUGUAACACUUCCAAAGGGGGAGGUGGAUAUUUCCGGUCCGAAGGUACAAAUUGAUGCUCCAGGUUUGGACAUUGAAGGACCCAAGGGAGAACUAAAAGGUCCCAAAUUUAAGAUGCCUGAAAUGCACAUCAAGACCCCUAAAAUCUCCAUGCCAGACAUCGACUUGAAUCUGAAGGGUCCUAAACUGAAGGGAGAUGUGGAUGUUUCUGUUCCAAAUAUACAAGGUGAUUUGAAAGGUCCAGAAUUUGAUCUUAAAGGCCCCAAAGUUGAUAUUGACGCACCAGAUGUGGAUCUUCAUGGCCCAGAAGGUAAAUUCAAAAUGCCUAAAUUCAAAAUGCCCAAGUUUGGAAUGCCUGGGUUCAAAGGGGAGGGACCAGACGUGGAUGUAAGCCUUCCGAAAGGGGAGAUUGAUCUCUCAGGUCCCAAAGUAGACAUUGAUGCUCCAGAUUUGGAUUUUGAAGGGCCAGAAGGAAAACUGAAAGGUCCCAAAUUUAAGAUGCCUGAAAUGCACAUCAAGGCACCCAAAAUCUCCAUGCCAGAUGUUGAUUUACACUUGAAAGGCCCUAAACUGAAGGGAGAUGUGGAUGUUGCUGUUCCGAAGAUACAAGGUGAUUUGAAAGGUCCUGAAUUUGAUCUUAAAGGCCCCAAAGUUGACCUUGAUGCACCAGAUGUGGAUAUUCACGGCCCAGAGGGUAAACUCAAAAUGCCUAAACUGAAAAUGCCUAAAUUUGGUGUACCUGGGUUGAAAGGGGAGGGACCAGAUGUCGAUAUAGCACUUCCAAAGGGAGAGGUGGAUAUUUCUGGUCCCAAGAUAGACAUAGAUGCUCCAGGUUUGAACAUUGAAGGGCCUGAAGGACAGCUGAAAGGUCCCAAAUUUAAGAUGCCUGAAAUGCACAUCAAGACACCAAAAAUCUCCAUGCCAGACAUCGACUUGAAUCUGAAAGGCCCUAAGCUGAAGGGAGAUGUGGAUGUUUCUGUUCCAAAGCUGGAAGGGGAGUUGAAAGCUCCUGGAAUUGACAUUAAAGGCCCCAAAGUGGAUAUUGAUGCACCAAAUGUGGAUAUUCACGGCCCAGAUGGUAAACUGAAAAUGCCUAAAUUUGGUGUACCUGGGCUGAAAGGGGAGGGACCAGACAUGGAUAUAACAUUUCCAAAAGGCGAUGUGGGUAUUUCCGGUCCCAAAGUGGACACUGAUAUCCCAAGUUUAGACAUUGAAGGGCCAGAAGGUAAAGUGAAAGGUCCAAAGUUUAAACUGCCUGAGCUAAAUAUUCAGACACCCAAAGUCUCCAUGCCAGAUGUGGACCUAGGUUUGAAGGCACCUAAACUGAAAGGAGAUGUGGAUAUCUCUGUUCCAAAGAUGGAAGGUGAUUUGAAAGGACCCAGCAUUGAUGUUAAGGGGCCCCAAAUUGAUAUUGAAGGUCCCCAAAUGGAUAUUGAUGUGCCUGAUAUGGACUUGGAAUGUCCAGAAAGCCAACUGAAAGGCCCCAAAUUUAGGAUGCCUAAAAUGAAUAUCAAGGCCCCUAAAAUCUCCAUGCCAGAUGUUGAUCUGAAUCUAAAGGCACCUAAACUGAAAGGAGAGAUGGAUGUUUCUGUUCCAAAGAUGGGAGGUGAUUUUAAAGGACCCAGCAUUGACAUUAAAGGUCCCAAAGUUGACACUGAUGUUGACCUUGAAUGUCCAGAAGCCAAAUUGAAAAUGCCAAAAAUGAAAUUUCCAAAGUUCGGCAUGCCUGGAUUCAAAGGAGAGGGCCCUGACAUGGAUGUGAAACUCCCUAAGGGACAGGUGGAUAUUUGUGGUCCCAAAGUGGAUAUUGAUGCUCCAGGUUUGGACAUUGAGGGACCGGAAGGAAAAAUAAAAGGUCCCAAAUUUAAGAUGCCUGAAAUGCACAUCAAGACCCCUAAAAUCUCCAUGCCAGACAUUGACCUAAAUUUGAAAGGUCCCAAACUAAAAGGAGACGUGGAUGUUUCUAUUCCAAAGCUAGAAGGUGAUUUGAAAGGUCCUGAUGUUGACAUCAAUGCCCCCUCAAUAGAUAUUAAUGCACCAGAUAUUGAGCUGCAGGGUUCAGGUGGAAAACUGAAAAUGCCCAAAAUGAAGAUGCCUCAAUUUAAUGUGUCAGGCCCUAAACUUGAAGGACCUGAUAUAGAUGUAAACGUGCCAAAGGGAGAGGUUGAUAUUUCAGCUCCCAAGGUAGAUAUAGAGGCUCCAGAGCUGGACAUUGAAGGCCCAGAAGGCAAAUGGAAAGGACCUAAAUUUAAAAUGCCUAAACUGAAUAUUAAAGCACCUAAAAUCUCCAUGCCGGAUGUGGACCUGAAUCUCAAGGCACCGAAAAUGAAGGGGGAGAUGGAUGUUACUGUUCCAAAGAUAGAAGGUGAUUUGACAGGUCCUGAAAUUGAUAUUAAAGGGCCAAAAUUAAACAUUGAGGCACCUGAUGUGGAUCUUGAGUGUCCUGAAGGAAAACUGAAAGGGCCCAAAUUCUCAAUGCCUUCUUGGAAAAUGUCACCAUCAAAAAUAUCCAUGCCAGAUGUGGAUUUAAAUUUGAAAGGGCCCAAACUGAAGGGAGACUUGGAUGUUUCUGUUCCAAAGCUAGAAGGUGACUUGAAGGGACCUGAGAUUGACAUGAAAGGCCCCAAACUGGACAUUGAUGCACCUGACAUAGGCAUUGACGGGCCAGAAGGAAAAAUGAAAGGUCCCAAAUUUAAAAUGCCUGAAAUGCACAUCAAGGCCCCAAAAAUCUCUGUUCCUGAUGUAGACCUGAAUUUAAAAGCCCCUAAAAUAAAAGGGGAAGUUGAUAUCUCAGCUCCUAAACUUGAAGGAAAUUUGAAAGGUCCUGAUUUUGAUUUCAAAGGCCCCAAGGUUGACAUUGAUGCACCAGAUGUGGAUAUUCAUGGCCCAGAUAGUAAAUUCAGAAUGCCCAAAUUCAAAAUGCCCAAAUUCAGCAUGCCUGGGUUCAAAGGAGAGGGACCAGAGGUGGAUGUGAAGCUUCCAAAAGGGGAGAUGGAUAUUUCCGGUCCCAAGAUAGACAUUGAUGCUCCAGAGUUGGAUAUUGAAGGUCCUGAAGGAAGGCUGAAAGGUCCUAAAUUUAAGAUGCCUGAAAUGCACAUCAAAGCGCCUAAAAUCUCCAUGCCAGACAUUGAUUUGAAUGUGAAAGGCCCUAAAUUGAAGGGGGAUGUGGAUGUUUCUGUUCCAAAGCUAGAAGGUGACUUGGAGGGGCCUGAAUUUCAUCUCCAAGGCCCCAAAGUUGACAUAGAUGCACCAGAUGUGGAUAUUCACGGCCCAGAGGGUAAACUCAAAAUGCCUAAAUUCAAAAUGCCCAAAUUUGGCAUACCUGGUUUCAAAGGGGAAGGCCCUGAUGUGGAUGUAAAACUUCCGAAGGGGGAUGUGGAUAUUUCUGGGCCCAAGGUAGACAUAGAUGCCCCAGAUUUGAACAUUGAAGGUCCAGAGGGAAAGCUGAAAGGUCCCAAAUUUAAGAUGCCUGAAAUGCAUGUCAAGGCACCUAAAAUCUCCAUGCCAGAUUUUGAUUUGAAUCUGAAAGGACCUAAAAUGAGGGGGGAUGUGGAUGUUUCUGUACCAAAGAUAGAAGGGGAUUUUAAAGGGCCCGAGUUUGAUAUCAAAGGUCCCAAAGUGGACAUUGAUACUUCAGAUCUUGAUAUUGAAGGUCCUGAAGGAAAAUGGAAGAGCCCCAAAUUUAAGAUGCCUGAAAUGCACAUCAAGGCACCUAAAAUCUCCAUGCCUGACGUCGACUUUAAUUUGAAAGGCCCUAAAGUGAAGGGGGAUGUGGAUGUUUCUGUACCAAAGCUAGAAGGGGAUUUGAAAGGGCCUGAGGUUGAUAUCAGAGGCCCUAAACUGGAUGUUGAUGUUCCUGAGGUUGACCUGCAGGGACCAGAGGGAAGAUGGAAAAGUCCCAAAUUUAAGAUGCCUGAGAUGCACAUCAAGGCACCUAAAAUCUCCAUGCCAGAUGUUGAUUUACACUUGAAAAGCCCUAAAGUGAAGGGAGAUGUGGAUGUUGCUGUUCCAAAGAUUGAGGGUGAUUUGAAAGGUCCUGAGUUUGAUAUAAAAGGCCCCAAAGUUGACAUUGCUGCACCAGAUGUGGAUCUUCAUGGCCCAGAAGGUAAAUUUAAAAUGCCUAAAUUCAAAAUGCCCAAAUUCAGCAUGCCUGGGUUCAAAGGAGAGGGACCAGAGGUGGAUGUGAAGCUUCCAAAAGGGGAGCUGGAUAUUUCUGGUCCCAAGAUAGACAUUGAUGCUCCAGAGUUGGAUAUUGAAGGUCCUGAAGGAAGGCUGAAAGGACCCAAAUUUAAAAUGCCUGAAAUGCAAAUCAAAGCACCAAAAAUCUCCAUGCCGGACAUUGACUUAAACUUAAAAGGUCCCAAAAUGAAAGGAGAUGUUGAUGUUUCUCUUCCAAAACUAGAAGGUGACUUGAAGGGUCCUGAAUUUCAUCUCCAAGGCCCCAAAGUUGACAUUGAUGCACCAGAUGUGGAUAUUCAUGGCCCAGAGGGUAAACUCAAAAUGCCUAAAUUCAAAAUGCCCAAGUUUGGAAUGCCUGGAUUCAAAGGGGAGGGACCAGAUGUGGAUGUAAGCCUUCCGAAAGGGGAGAUUGAUCUCUCAGGUCCAAAAGUAGACAUUGAUGCUCCUGAUUUGGAAAUUGAAGGUCCAGAUGGGAAAUGGAAAGGUCCUAAAUUUAAGAUGCCUGAAAUGCACAUCAAGGCACCUAAAAUUUCCAUGCCAGAUGUUGAUUUACACUUGAAAAGCCCUAAAGUGAAGGGAGAUGUGGAUGUGUCAGUUCCAAAGAUUGAGGGUGAUUUGAAGGGGCCUGAGUUUGAUAUCAAAGGCCCCAAAGUUGAUAUUGAUGCACCAGACAUGGAUCUUCAUGGCCCAGAAGGUAAACUCAAAAUGCCUAAAUUCAAAAUGCCCAAAUUUGGCAUGCCUGGGUUCAAAGGAGAGGGCCCUGAUGUGGAUAUAAAACUUCCUAAGGGAGAGGUGGAUAUUUCUGGGCCCAAGGUAGACAUAGAUGCUCCAGAUUUGAACAUUGAAGGUCCAGAGGGAAAGCUGAAAGGUCCCAAAUUUAAGAUGCCUGAAAUGCACGUCAAGGCACCUAAAAUCUCCAUGCCAGAUUUUGAUUUGAACCUGAAAGGACCUAAAGUGAAGGGGGAUGUGGAUGUUUCUGUACCAAAGCUAGAAGGGGAUUUGAAAGGGCCUGAGGUUGAUAUCAAAGGCCCUAAAUUGGAUAUAGAUGCCCCUGAUGUGGAGAUUGAAGGUCCAGAUGGGAAAUGGAAAGGCCCCAAAUUUAAGAUGCCUGACAUGCACUUUAAAGCACCUAAAAUCUCCAUGCCAGACAUUGACUUUAAUUUGAAAGGCCCUAAAGUGAAGGGGGAUGUGGAUGUUUCUGUUCCAAAACUAGAAGGGGAUUUGAAAGGCCCUGAGGUUGAUAUUAAAGGCCCUAAAUUGGAUAUAGAUGCCCCUGAUGUGGAGAUUGAAGGCCCUGAUGGGAAAUGGAAAGGUCCUAAAUUUAAAAUGCCUGAAAUGCACAUCAAGGCACCUAAAAUCUCCAUGCCAGAUUUUGAUUUGAACCUGAAAGGACCUAAAGUGAAGGGGGAUGUGGAUGUUUCUGUACCAAAGCUGGAAGGGGAUUUGAAAGGGCCCGAGUUUGAUAUCAAAGGUCCCAAAGUGGACAUUGAUGCUCCAGAUCUUGAUAUUGAAGGUCCUGAAGGAAAAUGGAAAGGCCCCAAAUUUAAGAUGCCUGACAUGCAUUUUAAAGCACCUAAAAUCUCCAUGCCAGAUGUUGAUUUGAAUUUGAAAGGCCCUAAAGUGAAGGGAGAUGUGGAUGUUGCUGUUCCAGAAAUUGAGGGUGAUUUGAAAGGUCCAGAAUUUGAUCUUAAAGGCCCCAAAGUUGACAUUGACGCACCAGAUGUGGAUCUUCAUGGCCCAGAAGGUAAAUUCAAAAUGCCUAAGUUCAAAAUGCCCAAGUUUGGAAUGCCUGGGUUCAAAGGGGAGGGACCAGACGUGGAUGUAAGCCUUCCGAAAGGGGAGAUUGAUCUCUCAGGUCCAAAAGUAGACAUUGAUGCUCCUGAUUUGGAUUUUGAAGGGCCAGAAGGAAAACUGAAAGGUCCCAAAUUUAAGAUGCCUGAAAUGCACAUCAAGGCACCCAAAAUCUCCAUGCCAGAUGUUGAUUUACACUUAAAAGGUCCUAAACUGAAGGGAGAUGUGGAUGUGUCUGUUCCAAAGAUUGAGGGUGAUUUGAAGGGGCCUGAGUUUGACAUCAAAGGCCCUAAAAUUGACCUUGAUGCACCAGAUUUGGAACUUCAUGGCCCAGAGGGUAAACUCAAAAUGCCUAAGUUCAAAAUGCCCAAGUUUGGAAUGCCUGGGUUCAAAGGGGAGGGACCAGAUGUGGAUGUAAGUCUUCCAAAAGGGGAGAUUGAUCUCUCAGGUCCAAAAGUAGACAUUGAUGCUCCUGAUUUGGAUUUUGAAGGGCCAGAAGGAAAAUUGAAAGGUCCCAAAUUUAAGAUGCCUGAAAUGCACAUCAAGGCACCCAAAAUCUCCAUGCCAGAUGUUGAUUUACACUUAAAAGGUCCUAAACUGAAGGGAGAUGUGGAUGUGUCAGUUCCAAAGAUUGAGGGUGAUUUGAAGGGGCCUGAGUUUGACAUCAAAGGCCCUAAAAUUGACCUUGAUGCACCAGAUGUGGAUCUUCAUGGCCCAGAGGGUAAACUCAAAAUGCCUAAGUUCAAAAUGCCCAAGUUUGGAAUGCCUGGGUUCAAAGGGGAGGGACCAGACGUGGAUGUAAGCCUUCCGAAAGGGGAGAUCGAUCUCUCGGGUCCAAAAGUAGACAUUGAUGCUCCUGAUUUGGAAAUUGAGGGGCCGGAAGGAAAAUGGAAAGGUCCUAAAUUUAAGAAGCCUGAAAUGCAUUUUAACGUUCCUAAAAUAUCCAUGCCAGAUAUCGAUUUAAAUUUGAAAGGUCCUAAACUGAAGGGAGAUGUGGAUGUUUCUCUUCCCAAAGUAGGGGGUGAUUUGAAAGGUCCCAAAGUUGAAGUCAAAGGACCAGAUAUUGAUCUUGAGGCUCCAAAACUUGAUAUAGAAGGAAAGACAAAAAAAUCGAGAUUUAAACUUCCUAAAUUCAGUUUUUCUGGCCCUAAAGUUCAAACCCCUGACGUGGAUGUGAAACUUAAGAAAUCUGAUAUUGAUAUUUCUGGACCAAAGGUGGAUGUGAGUGCUCCAGAUGUGGACAUUCAGGGGAAAGCAAAAGGAUCUAAAUUUAAAAUGCCUUUCCUAAGCAUUUCAUCACCUAAAGUGUCAAUGCCAGAUGUGGAGUUAAAUCUGAAAGGGCCUAAACUGAAAGGAGACCUAGAUGUUUCUGGCCCAAAGCUAGAAGGGGAUUUAAAAGGGCCUGAAGUUGACAUCAAAAGCCCCCAAAUAGACAUCAGUGCACCAGACAUUGAUAUUCAUGGCCCAGAGGGUAAACUCAAAAUGCCAAAAUUGAAAAUGCCUAAAUUUGGAACGCCUGGGUUCAAAGGAGAGGGACCAGAUAUGGAUGUAAAACUUCCAAAAGGGGAGGUGGAUGUUUCAGGUCCCAAGAUAGACAUUGAUGCUCCAGAUUUGGAAAUUGAAGCUCCUGAUGGAAAACUGAAAGGCCCUAAAUUUAAGAUGCCUGAAAUGCAUUUCAAUGUUCCUAAAAUCUCCAUGCCAGACAUUGAUUUGAAUUUGAAAGGCCCUAAAUUGAAGGGAGAUGUGGAUGUUUCUGUACCAAAACUAGAAGGGGAUUUGAAAGGCCCUGAAGUUGAUAUCAAAGGCCCUAAAGUGGAUAUAGAUGUCCCUGAUGUGGAGAUUGAAGGCCCAGACGGCAAGUGGAAAGGUCCCAAAUUUAAGAUGCCUGAUAUGCAUUUUAAAGCACCUAAAAUCUCCAUGCCAGAUUUUGAUUUGAAUCUGAAAGGACCUAAAGUGAAGGGGGAUGUAGAUGUUUCUGUACCAAAGCUAGAAGGGGAUUUGAAAGGGCCUGAGUUUGAUAUCAAAGGUCCCAAAGUGGACAUUGAUGCUCCAGAUCUUGAUAUUGAAGGUCCUGAAGGAAAAUGGAAAGCCCCCAAAUUUAAGAUGCCUGAAAUGAAUAUCAAGGCACCGAAAGUCUCAAUGCCUGACAUUGAUUUUAACCUCAAAGGCCCUAAACUGAAGGGAGACAUAGAUGUUUCUGGCCCUAAGAUGGAAGGAGAUUUGAAGGGGCCUGAAAUUGAUAUCAGAAGUCCCAAAGUGGAGAUUGGUGCACCAGACGUGGAUAUUCAAGGCCCAGAGGGUAAACUCAAAAUGCCUAAAUUCAAAAUGCCCAAAUUCGGAAUGCCUGGGUUCAAAGGAGAGGGACCAGAUGUGGAUGUAAGUCUUCCAAAGGGGGAAAUCGAUAUUUCAGGACCUAAAAUAGACAUUGAUGCUCCUGAUGUGGAGAUUGAAGGACCAGAAGGAAAAUGGAAAGGUCCAAAAUUUAAGAUGCCUGAAAUGAAUAUCAAGGCCCCUAAAAUCUCCAUGCCGGACAUUGAUUUGAAUUUGAAAGGCCCUAAAUUGAAGGGGGAUGUGGAUGUUUGUGUUCCAAAAUUAGAAGGUGAUUUGAAAGGUCCUGAAGUCGAUAUCAAAGGCCCUAAACUGGACAUAGAUGCCCCCGAUGUGGAGAUUGAAGGCCCAGAGGGAAAAUGGAAAGGUCCCAAAUUUAAAAUGCCCGACAUGCAUUUUAAAGCACCUAAAAUCUCCAUGCCAGACUUUGAUUUGAACCUGAGAGGCCCUAAAGUGAAGGGGGAUGUGGAUGUUUCCCUACCAGAUUUUGAAGGUGAUAUGAAAGGCCCAGAAGUUGAUAUUAAAGGCCCCAAAUUGGACAUAGAUGCUCCAGAUUUUGACAUUGAGGGUCCAGAGGGAAAGCUGAAAGGUCCUAAAUUUAAGAUGCCUGAGAUGCAUUUCAAUGUUCCUAAAAUCUCCAUGCCGGACAUUGAUUUGAAUUUGAAAGGUCCUAAAUUGAAGGGGGAUGUGGAUGUUUCUGCCCCAAAAUUAGAAGGGGAUUUGAAAGGCCCAGAAAUCGAUAUCAAAGGCCCUAAACUGGACAUAGACACCCCUGAUGUGGAGAUUGAAGGUCCAGAUGGGAAAUGGAAAGGCCCCAAAUUCAAGAUGCCUGACAUGCAUUUUAAAGCACCUAAAAUCUCCAUGCCAGACUUUGAUUUGAAUUUGAAGGGUCCUAAAAUCAAGGGAGAUGUGGAUGUUUCUGGCCCUAAACUGGAAGGGGAUUUGAAAGGUCCCGAGUUUGAUAUCAAAGGCCCCAAAGUUGACAUUGAUGCACCAGAUGUGGAUAUUCACGGCCCAGAGGGUAAACUCAAAAUGCCCAAAUUCAAAAUGCCCAAGUUUGGAAUGCCUGGGUUCAAAGGGGAGGGACUAGACAUGGAUGUAAGCCUUCCAAAAGGGGAGAUUGAUCUCUCAGGUCCAAAAGUAGGCAUUGAUGCUCCUGAUUUGGAUAUUGAAGGUCCAGAGGGAAAGCUGAAAGGUCCCAAAUUUAAGAUGCCUGAAAUGCAUUUCAAUGUUCCUAAAAUCUCCAUGCCAGACAUUGAUUUGAAUUUGAAAGGCCCUAAACUGAAGGGGGAUGUGGAUGUUUCUGUACCAAAAUUAGAAGGGGAUUUGAAAGGCCCAGAAGUUGAUAUCAAAGGCCCCAAACUGGACAUAGACGCCCCUGAUGUGGAGAUUGAAGGUCCAGAUGGGAAAUGGAAAGGCCCCAAAUUUAAGAUGCCUGACAUGCAUUUUAAAGCACCUAAAAUCUCCAUGCCAGACUUUGAUCUGAAUUUAAAAGGGCCCAAAUUGAAGGGAGAUGUGGAUGUUUCUAUGCCAAAUAUUGAAGGUGAUUUGAGAGGCCCUGAAGUCGAUAUUAAAGCUCCCAAAUUGGACAUAGAUGCUCCUGAUAUGGAGAUUGAAGGUCCAGAAGGAAAAUGGAAAGGUCCCAAAUUUAAGAUGCCCGACAUGCAUAUUAAGGCACCUAAAAUGUCAAUGCCUGAUGUGGAUUUCAAUCUUAAGGGCCCUAAGCUUAAAGGAGAUCUAGAUGUUUCUGGACCUAAGUUGGAAGGGGAUUUGAAAGGUCCUGAAUUUGAUAUCAAAGGUCCCAAAGUGGACAUUGAUGCACCAGACAUCGAUAUUCAUGGCCCAGAAGGAAAACUGAAAAUGCCCAAAAUGAAAUUUCCUAAAUUCAGCAUGCCUGGGUUCAAAGGGGAAGGGUCGGAUGUGAAUGUAAAUCUUCCAGAAGGAGGGGUUGAUAUUUCGGGUCCUAAGAUAGACAUUGAUGCCCCCAAUUUGGAUAUUGAAGGGCCUGAAGGGAAAUGGAAAGGUCCAAAAUUUAAGAUGCCUGAAAUGAAUAUCAAGGCACCUAAAAUCUCCAUGCCAGACAUUGAUUUAAACUUAAAAGGCCCUAAAAUUAAAGGAGACAUGGAUGUUUCUGUCCCUAAGAUAGAAGGUGAUUUAAAAGGUCCAGAGAUAGACAUUAAAUCCCCAAAAAUGUCUGUUGAUGUUCCUGAUCUUGACAUUGAUGGUCCAGAAGGAAAACUGAAAGGUCCUAAAUUUAAGAUGCCAGAAAUGCAUAUUAAAGCACCCAAAAUCUCCAUGCCAGAUUUUGACUUGAAUUUAAAGGGGCCUAAACUGAAGGGAGACAUGGAUGUUUCUGUUCCAAAAUUAGAAGGGAAUUUGAAAGGUCCUGAAAUUGACAUUAAAGGCCCCAAAUUGGACAUAGAUGCACCUGAUAUCAACAUUGAAGGGCCAGAAGGAAAACUGAAAAGUCCCAAAUUUAAGAUGCCUGAAAUGCACAUCAAGGCCCCUAAAAUCUCCAUGCCAGAUGUAGACCUGAAUCUAAAGGCACCUAAACUGAAAGGAGACAUAGAUCUUUCUGGUCCAAAAAUAGAGGGUGAUUUGAAAGGUCCUGAAUUUGAUAUCAAAGCUCCCAAAGUGGACAUUGAUGCACCAGACAUCGAUAUUCAUGGCCCUGAAGGAAAACUGAAAUUACCCAAAAUGAAGCUUCCUAAAUUCAGUACACCUGGGUUCAAAGGGGAAGGCCCGGAUGUGGAUGUAAGUCUUCCAAAGGGAGAGGUUGAUAUUUCAGGUCCUAAGAUAAAUAUUGGUGCUCCUGAUUUGAACAUUGAAGGUCCAGAAGGAAAACUGAAAGGGCCAAAAUUUAAGAUGCCUGAGAUGCAUUUUAAGACACCCAAAAUCUCAAUGCCAGACAUUGACUUAAAUUUGAAAGGUCAUAAAAUGAAGGGGGACUUUGAUGUUUCUGCUCCCAAGAUUGAGGGUAAUCUUAAAGGUCCUGAAGUUGAUAUCAAAGGCCCAGAAUUUGGGGUUAGAAGUCCUGAGCUUGAUGUUGAGUGUCCAGAUGUUACCACUGAGGGCCUUGAGGGAAAUGUUAAACUUCCCAAAUUUAAGAAACCAAAAUUUGGGUUUGGAAUUAAAAGUCCUAAGGCAGAAAUCAAAUCUCCCGAAGUGGAUAUUGCUGUCCCGGAAGGUGAACUGAAUGUGGAGUCUCCUGAUAUUGGCAUUUCUGGCAAAGGAAAAAAAAGCAAAUUUAAAAUGCCUAAACUUCAUAUGAGUGGCCCUAAAAUUAAAGGAAAGAAGGGUGGAUUUGAUAUGAGUCUACCCAGUGGUGAGAUUGAUGCAAAUUUGAAAUCUCCUGAUUUAGAUCUCAAUGUAACUGGCCCAGAGGCAACAAUAAAAGGAGAUAUUAAUGUCAAAUCCCCAAAAGGAAAGAAACCAAUGUUUGGGAAAAUCUCUUUUCCAGAUGUUGAGUUUGAUAUUAAAUCACCUAAGUUCAAAGCUGAUGCUUCUGUGACAGUUCCUAAAAUGGAAGGAGAAUUUAAAGCACCCGAUUUGGAGGUUUCCACACCAGGUAUCAAAGGUGAUAUAAAGUCAUCAGGUCUUGACAUUACAGCCCCCAGUAUCAGCGCAAAUCUUCCUGAUGUUAACAUUGGAGGUCCUGAUAUCAAUCUUAAGAAACCUAAGGUCAAACUUCCAAGUGGAAAUAUUGAUAUAGCUGGUCCAAAAAUGGAAGGUGAUCUGAGAAUCCCAGGUACUGACACAAACAUUAAUGCCCCUGACAUCAAACUUAAAGGACCUACAGUGAAUCUGCCUUCAGUGGACAUUUCUGCUCCUUCAUUCUCUGCAUCUGAUCUUGAUAUUAACUUGAAAGGACCAAAAGUAAAAGGUGAUGUCAGUCUUCCCACAGCAGACCUGGAAGGUCCAGAAGGAAAACUAAAAUUCCCCAAGUUCUCACUGCCCAAGAUAGGGAAACCAGGUCUGAAUUUAGAAGGAGCUGAUAUGCAGCUCCCCUCAGCAAGCGUGGAUGUAUCAGCUCCAAGAAUUGAAGGAGGUGUGAGUGUUCCUGCAACUGAAGGAGUAGAUGCAAAACUGAAGGGACCUAAGGUGACUAUGCCAUCAGUAAAGCUUUCAAUGCCCCAAGUCUCUGGACCUGAUUUUGAUGUAAACUUGAAAGGACCAAAACUAAAAGGAGACCUGGAUGUUUCUAGUGACCUUAAAGGUCCAAAGGUGGACAUACAUGCACCAGAUGUUGAUAUGAAAGGCUUUGGAGGAAAGUUUAAAAUGCCCAAGUUUAAAUCUCCAACUUUGGAGGGACCUCAAGCAGAUCUGAACAUGAAAGGGGACAUUGGAUUUUCUGCCCCACAAAUUGAGGGGGGCAUGAAAGCACCAGGUAUGGAUGUACAUUUCAGUGCCCCAGACCUUGAUAUCAAAGGGCCUACAGUGAAAAUGCCAUCGGCAGGUAUUUCUGCCCCAGAUUUUGAUGUAAAUUUGAAAGGACCAAAGUUAAAAGGAGAUUUUGAUCUUUCUGGUGGCAUUAAAUCCCCAAAAGUGGCUGUAGAUGCGCCAGAUGUUAACUUGGAAGGUCCAGGAGGUGCAAUUAAACUUCCUUCACUGAAGCUCCCCCAAUUUGGCAUUUCUAGUCCUCAUGUUGAGGGGUCUAACAUGGGUGUGAGUAUUGAAGGACCACAAAUUAAAGGAGACCUUACUGGCUCAGGGAUUGAUGGAGAAUUGAAAGGGCCUACAUUUAAAAUGCAACCACUUCAAGUUUCAGCUCCAAAAAUCUCUGCACCUGACAUUGACUUAAACUUAAAAGGACCAAACCUAAAGGGUGAUAUUAAUAGUGCUGGUGAUGUUAAAGGCCCAAAAGUUGGAGUGGAAGUACCAGAUAUCAGCAUCAAAAGUGGAAAUCUUCAAAUGCCUUCAGUUAAACUGCCCAAAUGUGACAUUUCAGGUUCCCAAGGCAUGAAGAUUUCUGGGGUAGGUAUUGCAGCUGAUGCUCCUGAUGUCAGUUUAACAGGUCCUGCCUUCAGUGUAUCAACACCAAAAGUUUCUGGGUCAGAUUUUGAUGUAAAUUUGAAAGAACCUAAAAUCAAAGGAGGUUUCAGCAUUUCUGGAGACAUGAAAGCUCCUGAUGUAAAUGUUGGGGCACCACACUUGGGCAUUCAGCAUUCAGGUGGUGAAUUCAAAGGGCCACAGCUUUCAUCUUCUGGUUUUGAUGUAGAAAUGAAUGUGCCAGAUGUUGCAGGGGGUCUUCAUGUUUCUGGAUCAAAGAUAGAGGGCGGUCUGAAAGGUCCCAAGGUAGGAAUCAAAGGUCCUGGCAUAGAUAUGAAUUUUCCACAAAGUAACUUAGAAAGUGCAUCAGGAAAAGUGACAUUCCCCAGGAUGAAAUUGCCUAAAUUUGUGUCUUCAGGGCAUGAGGUAACAGGAAGAGAAGUAGGGGUUGAUGUUAACUUCCCUCAGCCAGAUGCCAGUCUCCAGGCUGGUGCAGUGGAGGCUGAGUUUGAAGAGCCAGAUGUCAAACUUAAGAAAUCUAAAAUUAAGAUGCCAAAGUUUAAUUUUUCAAAACCUAAAGGCAAAGGCACCAGUGUUGGCUCUCCAGAAGCCUCAGUGUCCAUUUCAGGAUCUAAAGGAGAUUUAAAAAGUUCCAAGGCAAGUUUAGGUUCUAUGGAGGGUGAACUGGGGGGAGGGGAAGCUGCUGCCACUUCACCUAAAGGGAAGUUUUCGUUAUUUAAAAGCAAAAAGCCACGUCAUCGGUCAUCUUCCUUUAGCGAUGAACAUUCCUCCCAGUCAACCCCCACUGGCACCUUGGAGUUUGAGUGCAGCUCAGGAGCAGAGAAAGAAAAGCAGGCCAAGAUGAAAUUUGGAACGUUUGGAGGGAUAGGGUCAAAAACUAAAGGUUCUUAUGAGGUAACUGGAAGUGACGAUGAAGCAGGAAAGAUGCCAGGGAGUGGGGUCUCAUUAACGUCCAAGAAGUCCCGCCUGUCUUCCUCUUCGAGUAAUGACAGCGGGACAAAGGGAGGGUUCCGAGUGCCAGCGGUAGAACUGACCGUUGCCAAAAAGAAAGAGUAAAGCGUCCGUGUAUAUAUGUCUGUGUAUGUAUAUAUAUAUAUCUUCUGUGUGUUUGUAUAUAAAUUUCAUAGCUUGAAAUAUUUUCAACCUCAGCAAUAAAAUGAAUGGUGCCUAGUGAAAUGUUAGAUGUCAUGUUGCCUACUCAAAAAAGAGGAGAGUUUAAAAGCAAGUGACCCUGGAGCUGUACCACAGUUCAUCUGAUGUAUUUGAAAGUUUCUUUGUGUUCAUGAUCUUUGGUUUGCGCGUUAAAUGCUGAGAGCUUAAGUUUACUAGCAAGCUAUUUUGAUAUCCUUUUCAUUUUACUGGAUAUUUUCAGUGUCGGUUUAUGGAAAUAAUGUUUCCAUUUUAAUUACCUUUUGGCUUUUAUUUGCAGGGCUUACAUUUCUAUAAUGAGAAUGGAUAUAUUGAAAACACUGUAAAAUAUAUAGAUACAACUGAAAUAUGUCACUUUUCCUUGUAAUGUGGGGUUUAAAAUGACACGGAGUGUUUAUCACAGAAAGCUGUGGUUUAUAUUAGCUUUGAUAGUUGUGGUGGUAAGAAAAGUACCCCCAGUUUAAUUUAAGACUAGAGAAUCCGGGUUGCUUAUGAUAAAUGUCAUGAAGAAAAACAGAAUUUACCAAUAAACGACUAACCUGUUUUGGGUUGGAUUCGACUGACACCAUCUUAGUUGUCUCCGUAUAUUUGUUUCAUUAUUUGUAUUAUAAGAGAGGACUUUUCUUAGUUAUGGUGCAAAAAUCUGUGACUGCCACUUUUCUGAUAUUUGUUAUAGUUUCUGUUAACAAAUGUAUCUUGAUUUAAAAAAAAAUCUUUCAGCACUUUAAUGGCAAAUGAAUUGAGAAUGUAAGAAGAUUGAUCUUGUAAAAUGCAAAUAAACUGUUUAUUAACCUUG